AUGGAUACGAUAGAUAUGCCAGAAGUGAAUGAAGAGAAUCCAUUCAUAUACGGAAUGUCCAAACAGUUUGUGAACGCAUUGCACGAGUUGUUUGACAUAAUGGACAGUACGGGGACGGGAUGUGUGCGGUUCGCGGAGAUCGCCGCCCAAUGGGAAGAGGACGACUCGGACCCCUUCUUCCCGAAAGGACUCAUCAAUUGCUUAUCCAAAGUCACUCUUCCCAACGGUUUACUCACUUUCGACCGCUUUUGCGCCGGAAUUAAGUUAUGUCUCCUUAAAAAUCAAGUGGACAUCAGUAACAGCGAUGAUAAUAAUAACGGCAUCGCAUCCCUGGGCGCACCUUCGCCUGCAUUUCCCGCUCCUCCGCCUCCACUGCUUCCCAGUCCUGGAUCCCAGGAGGUGUUGCCAACAUUACCAGCCCUUCCACCACCUGUUCCCCCUCAUCAAACAUCUCCAGCACUGAUUGCGAAACCCAUACCUCAGUCGUCGUACAACUCAUUGCAUCGGAUACAGACAUCUGUUGCCAAUUCAUUACCAGAAGGCAUGCACCAGAAAAAGCCAACGGCUUCCGUAUCACCUGUUCCGCCACAAUCACUGCAAAUACAACAUAAAAGCGGUCCACACAGUGAUUACAACAGUUCUGACAGCUCUUCCACUCUAAACUAUCAAAGAGCUAAAAGUAUGCCUCAAUUGGUGAUUAAAUCCAAUGGGAAUACCGUUAACCAUAAGAACCACAAAGAGAUUCGUCACUUCAAGAGCGACGCCAAACUCACGUCUCGUGAAAAUAACGGACAAAAUAAUGUGAAGAACCGUCAGAUUCGGUCACCAAUUCAAUCGGUUAGAGCCCUAUCCAAGAGCUCUAUACUGAAGACCCUUCAGAGCUGGAAGGAGAAUGUGUUGGGACGACAGGUCCUCGAGUUGGAGAGGAUUAGCGCCAAUUCUGGCAGCAAAGAGAAUAUAGUGUCUCCUAAUGGGGAUAACAAUCGCAAUAAAUAUCAGCAACAAUUAGUGCCAUUCCUGCCACCGCCUCAUAAUAUGGCACCCAAUGGACCGGCGAUGAGGCGCGCAGCUAAUAAGAGACGAGAACCGCGAAGACAUACCGUCGGAUCAAAUGGAAUCGACUUUUAUUCGAUCAGACGAAUACAACAGUUAGAACAGGAAAGGGGUCUAUUCUUACAGGGAUUGGAUGGCAUCGAUAGGGCCCGGGACUGGUAUUUGAGACAAAUUGCAAUAAUUCAAGACAAGAUCAGUUAUGUGACCAAAGUGGGCACAUACCCGGCUGACUACACUCUGGAUGCGUACCAGGAGCGCAUAAACUUCCAGGCUGCGAGAAUUCUCAACGUUAACCAACACCUGUCCGCUCUCUAUGACAGCGAACGCGGAUUUCCUAUUCAUAUGAAUCUUGCCAUUCGUCCCAUCAAUACACAACUGAUGGCCAACCGAUCCAAUGAUCCCAAUCGACAGCAACAGUUUGUGGUGAACCCUAAUGUCAUGAAUCGACUCAAAGAGCAGAACCGACUCCUGACCGAAGAAGUGAGCAAAAAGUGCGAACGAAUCACACAAUUAGAGCGCGAAAAGUCGUCUCUCAUCCGAGAAAUAUUUCAGUCGAGAACACAGACUAUCAAUAAAGUGAAGACUGAGGCCGAAGACACCACUUUCAUGUAA